AGUCACCACGCCUGAAAACGACAAGAAGGAAGUGAAAAAAAUUUCUUUCCUUUUCGUGUCCCAUUUUAAUUGUUAAAUCUCCUACGCGUGGGUAUGUGAAGUUGUUUGUGGAUGAGUAAAACAUCAGUAAUUGCUAAUCCCAAGCGGCCCCUUUCCUUCCUUCCUCUGCUCCACCGUUAUAUAUUUGCAGAAAAUCCCCCACCCACCACUUGCACUUCCCACUCAGAUUCAUCCCCUUCACUCUCCUAUAGCUAACUUCCCUCUCACUCUCUGUUUUCCUUGCGAGGGGUCACUUUUUGACGAGAAACAGAGGAAGGAAAAAAACAGAGCAGGAGGUUACUAAAGAAAAAAAAAGAACAAAUUUUUCAUCAAGGUUUAGAGAGAUGGGGAUGGAGAUGGAAACAAUGGAGUCCAAAUUCAAGAGGGUCUGUGUUUUCUGCGGGAGCAGCCCUGGGAAGAAGACCAGCUACAAAGAUGCUGCCAUCGAGCUCGGGCGAGAACUGGUGACGAGGAAUAUUGAUCUGGUGUACGGAGGAGGGAGUAUUGGCCUGAUGGGUCUCAUUUCUCAAGCCGUUUACGAAGGUGGCCGCCAUGUCAUCGGGGUUAUUCCCAAGACAUUAAUGCCCCAAGAGAUUACUGGAGUGACAGUAGGAGAAGUGAAAGCAGUUGCAGACAUGCACCAGAGGAAGGCAGAGAUGGCUCGCCAUUCUGAUGCCUUCAUUGCUUUACCUGGUGGCUAUGGGACACUGGAAGAGCUUCUUGAAGUCAUAACUUGGGCCCAGCUAGGGAUCCAUGACAAGCCGGUGGGAUUAUUGAACGUGGAUGGGUAUUACAAUUCACUGUUGUCAUUCAUCGACGAAGCUGUGGAGGAAGGUUUCAUCAGCCCAAAUGCACGCCAUAUAAUUGUAUCGGCACCGAACGCCAAAGAUUUAGUCAAGAAAAUGGAGGAAUACUUGCCAAGGCAUGAGAAAGUUGCAUCGAAGCUAAGCUGGGAGAUUGAGCGAUUGGAGUUGGGUCAUUCUACGAAAUGCGAUAUCUCUCGAUGAAGUGAAAGCCAAUCAACACUAGAAUUUGUAACAAGAGAACCCUUAAAAAAAUAUGACUAGGCAAGGUGGUUUCCAGCAGCUCCUUUUUUUCUUUUGUUGGAAAAUUGUAAAAUGUUCCGUUUUGAGCUUCAGAGAUCAUAUUAACCCAACUGAGAGGGAUGCUUGUUGCCCCCAUUUGAUAUUUCUAGUUUACUCUCGAGAACUACUACGAUGCCUUUAUGAUAUAGGUAUUGGUAUAAUAUUAUCGAAUAGUUCUAGUAUUCAUACAUGCGGUAGUACACGUCACCUUAACACCUCACUUUUUUCCUUUCUUUAGUUUCUUCGAUCUUAAUCUUUUAUUAAA